AUGGCCAAAGAGAAAGCACCACCUAAAGCUGUCAAUAUCAUUCGCCCCACUCACAGCUUCACACCAGCCAAAGCGUCAUCGCGAGUCUCAUCAUCUUCCUCGAUUGUUUCCCAUUCAAGCUUUAUCAGUGCACCACCCACAUUAGCUCGAAAGCCUGUGAGGGUCGCUUCUGGCGCAAGGAUUCUUCAAGACAAGCCUGCUCUUAAUAUUUAUCAUCCUCCAUCUCCCCCACAACGGCAAAAGUCAACAACAACAGCAUCAUCCGCUAGCCGACUCCCCCCUACUCCACCAUCGCCACCUGCUCGCCCUCAUUUUGAGAUCUAUAAACCAUCCCGUGCAACUAAGCCGUCUCCAUCCACGACCCGAGUCAUACCAACAACACACCAUAGCGACCAGUAUCCAUCACAACUGCAUCAACGGCCCAAACCACAACGAGCUCGUUCAGUACUUGGUCCAAUUUCUCGACCCGAAGAAAUCAUACGCCCUGUGAUACAAAACGAGCCGGAUGAAUUAUCAGACUUGGAUGAUGAGGAUGAUGAUGAAGAGGACAAUGAACAUCAAACAAGUACGGAUGAUCAUGAUCAAGAAGAGUCCGAUAACAGUAAUGAUGAUGAAGAGGAGGAGGAGGAUGGCCCUGUAAAUGAAGCAAGAGUCAAUCGCAUGAUUGAAGAUUUGGAGAUAUCCAACCGCUCAUUAUUAGCUGUCAAUCGUAUGCUCGAGGCAAAUUUACGUAAACGAACAUCCGAAGUCGCGCAAAUGAAGAGACAACUCAAUGGCCAAGCACCUGUCGUUGUGCCUCCACUACCAAUGCCUUCAGAGGAUCAGCCAUCGGAUGAGGAUGAUGAUGAUGAAGAGUGGGAAAAGGAUGAGACAUUUUGCCGACUACGACAAAUGACCGAAUCCAUGAUUGAACAUGGUCAAUCCGCACUUGAUUACAAAGUAAAAGGACUGGGCCGGGUAAUAUCACAAUACGAACCAGAAGAAUCCGAUGAUGAUGAUGAUGACGAUAAUGACGAUGAUGAAAAUCCCAAAGAGUCACUGGAUAAUCAACAACCAUUGUCGUGA